UACUAGGGGGCGUGUCCCAUAUUGGGGGACACGCCCAUCUACAUUUAUUAAUAGUUAUAAAAAAUCUUAAUGUUUUUAUCAAUCACUAAAUUAACUUAUGCUCUUCUCCUCUUUUCUCUCUCCCUCUGGCUCGCUAGCAAUUACAUUGGAGGAACCUGUGAGCUAUCUUUGGUAGUUAAGGGAGAUAAUUUAGAUGAGGGAGACUUCAAUCAUCCUUCUUUUGCAAGAGCUGAGCCUGCAACAGCAGCAGACCCACCCCUUCAAAAACAGAAAGAGGUUUUUGAAUGGUUUAAAAAAGAGUUGCCCUCUGACAUACCUCGUCUCUUCAGCCAAUGUCCUCCUGCAGGAUUACAUGGUGGCCCUUUUCCCUCUCCAGAAGCUAGUGUACUAACAGUAAUUGGAGAGAUAAAUCUGAAUGUUAGCAGUAGCAUGCUACUGGAUCAAUUCACUGCAUUUCUAUGUGACAACGUUGCAAUAAACGAUUUGCUACCUACCUCAGAUAGUCGUGUAGCAUUGCCUAAUGGUGGUGCAGAGGAGCUGAAUGCUAACAUAUUAUCCAGUUUUAUUCCUCCAAGGGACGUUAGUGAUGAAGAAGAUGUCCUAAGACUCACAAGAAUAUUAGAGUAUUUCAGUGCAUUAGGGCUCUCUCUAGUAUCACUAUCCCACCAGCACUCACAGUAUCUCGGAGAGACUGGCUCCUUACAAAUAAAUAUGCACCACCUUGAGAAGGCAGAGAUUGGUUGGGUUGGCCUCAAUGCUAGACAUUACGAUGUGCUCAAUUUGGGCGGUGUUAGAAUUGGAGUGAUAGCUUUUUGUGGAGUGCAUGGCCACUGCUUGGGCCCUAUUGAGUCUCCUUUCUCUCCUACUAAAUAUUUCGUGAAAUCUGCAAGAGAGAGCAUAGCAAAACUCAAAGAACGUAGAGUCGAUCAUAUACUAGUUAUGCUGCAUUGGGGAAGAGAGCAGACUUUUCAUCCUGAUGAGACUUCACUCUACAUUGCUAGACAUUUGUCAGACAUCGAGUCUGUGUCUGCCAUCAUUGGCUAUCACCCACAACACGUGCAGGGCCAUGCUUACUUUGGGGAGACUCUCGUGAUAUUCUCUCCAGGAAACUUUAUCACAUCUAGCGAUAGCCAUAACCUUUGCUGGGAGAAAUCUCAAAAUAGAGAAAAUUGGACGUAUAAAAGUGAUAGUUUGUCAUGCGCUUCUGUUCAUCCUGCUCUUCGUGACUCUCUUUGGGAGAAGGAAAUGCAAACGGCCAUGUAUAGACUUCAUUUUAAACAAUCAAGGCCAGUUACAGGCGAGUACAAGAUGGUAGGAUUGAAAGAUGACAAAGGAGUGAGGCAUCCAAGCAGGAACAGAGAAAAAUGGAGAACAAUGUGUGGUAAUGAAGACAAUCAUUGUCUCUCUUGCCAACCUUUUUGAAUUUAUUUUAGUUCAAAUGUAAUCAUAUUUAAAUAGGCAUCAUUGUGAUUAUAUAUACAUAUGAUUAUAUUAUACAUUAUAAUGGUAUUUAUUGUUUUAUAAUAGUUGAGUUGCUAAUUUGUA